AUGUCGGGCGUUGUGCCGCCGUCCGACCUACCGUUCUCGGCUCCUCCCGGCCGCCGGGACGCCUCGACACCCAUAGUCCACGCCUCUCUGGAAAACAGCUUCCCGAAGCCCCUCUCCGUACACCGACCCCCGGGGUACGCCACUCUUGGCCGACGGACGCACAAGAAGAGCCGCACCGGAUGUUCGACGUGUAAAGCCAGGAAGAUCAAGACUUACGCCACGCUCACAGCGGACUCUUGCUUGUGGGAGUUUUGGCGCGAUGACGUUGUCCAGCUGGGCCUGCGACAAGACUAUAUCAUGCGUGCCGUGCUGGCCGUCAGCGCCCUGCACCUGGCCUACCACCGGCCGGACCGCCGUGACUUUUACAUCGAGGAGGGAAUCCUCCUUCAUCAAAAAGCGUCCCGGUCGGCCAUGCGCGUCAUGGCGGCCGGCGACAAGAUUGACAAGGACCAGGCGGCGACCCUGUUCGUGUUCAGCAUGCUCACCAUGUUUUUCGCACCGCUUCUGGCGCCGCUGCGCGCGCGCAUCGAGGCGGCCGCGUCCGCGGACCCGGCGCUGCGGCGGACGUACGCGCACGCGCUGGACGAGCUGGAGCUGGCGCUGGUCGGGGCGCGGGCGGACCCGGGGGCGCCGCGGGACGUGCUGGACGCCAUGGUGUGGCUGUGGGUGGUGUCGGACGAGUUCGUGCCGCUGCUGCGGGCGCCGACGCGGACGCAGGAGGCCGUCGCCAUCUUUGCCCACUUCGGCCUCCUCCUCCUCCGCCACCACGAGAGCCACUGGUGGCUGCGCGGGUGGGGGGACCACGUCAUCGCGCGCGCCGCCGAGAUCCUCGACGACGACCACCGCGCCUGGAUCGAGUGGCCGCUCAGGGAGAUGCGGACGCGGCGCGGAGGGUAA